AUGAGCACAAAUGAAAAAUCGAUAGAGCGCGAGCUUUAUUAUCAUGGCUUGCUGCCUAGAGAGGAUGUAAAAAUGAUGCUUACGAAGAAUGGCGAAUUUUUGAUUCGUACAUCGGAGCCGAAAAAAGGAGAACCGCGCUCGUUCAUUUUGUCAGUCAUGCAUAAUACAGCUUUAGAUGAGGCAUCCGCGAUAAAACAUUUCGUAAUCAAAUACGCAGCCAAUAAGUUUAUGAUCGAAAAGUACUCGUUCGAUACCAUUCAACAAAUGAUCGAACAUCACAUGAACGGCAAGGAAAGUAUCAAAGACGACGUGAUGAUCACCAAGCCGGUGCUGCGACAGCAUUGGGAGCUGGACCAUGAGAACAUCACAAUUGUCAAGAAGCUCGGCGAGGGAGCUUUCGGCGAGGUCAGCAUGGGACAAUUGCGGCUGAAACGGCUCAACAAAAGUGUUCCGGUGGCGAUCAAACAGGCGAAACUCGACAAAGUCACCAAAGAGCAGAUCAAGGAAUUCAUGAGCGAGGCACGAAUGAUGAGACAAUUCAGUCAUCCCAAUGUUGUUCGCUUCUACGGAGUCGCCGCCGGUUCAGAGCCACUUUAUAUGGUCAUGGAGUUGGCUUCGAACGGCGCUCUCGACAGCUAUCUUCAGAAAAAUCCCGAUUUACCCGUUGAGAAGCGUAAUGAGAUGAUUCUACAAGCCGCAUGGGGUUUAGAAUAUCUUCACGGGAAGCCUGUACUACAUCGAGAUAUUGCCGCGAGAAAUUGCUUAUAUGGUGACGGAAAGGUGAAAAUCUCGGAUUUCGGUCUGACGCGUGCCGGUACCGUAUAUCAGAUGGAUCCAUCUCGCAAGGUUCCAAUUCGAUGGCUAGCUGUUGAGACACUCAAACAGCAAAUCUACUCUCAAAAGACUGACGUCUGGAGUUACGGAAUUAUGUGUUGGGAGAUUUUCAGCAAUGGGGUUGAACCGUAUCCCGGAAUGACGGUUGCAGAGGUGAAUGGCCAAGUUCGAGAAGGCUAUCGAAUGCCAAUUCCACCAAAUGUCAAUCCAGAAAUUUCAAAGAUGAUUACAACGAAAUGUUGGGCAGAAAAUCCAAAUGAGCGUUUCACAAUGGCCGAAAUCGCGACGUUUUUACAACGCACCACCGGAAUACCGCGUCCGAAUUUCGCCGCCAUCGCCGCUCAACACGCCGCCGAACUUGCAUCGCUCAAUCACGUAACAUUGAAGACCCAAAAGCGCAAAGGAAAAAAGGGAGGAGGAAUGCCGAAAGGAAUGAUGGCCUAA